UAUUGACGCCAUAUUGGGGCCGGCGGCGGGUGGAAGAGUCGUACUGUAGAGGGAGAAGCGGUUGGACGUGUUUGUUUCAGCUCCUGCAGCCGCCUCACCUCGUAAUCCCUCCGCAUCGACCACCACUUGCCAGUUACUGAACCUAGUCAGGCACUUUAGGAGCCGCCUCCAAGGUUCACACCUCACGGAGCUGUUAUCGACUUCCGAAGGAAGCCCGCCUCAUCGCAGGAGAGCCUCAGGGGCGUCAGAAAGCUCUCACGGUCGGCCGGGGGGCCGGAGCCUCUCCCGGGGGAGCCGCGCCUGAGGAGGCGGAAGAGCCCCCCCACUGACGCGGCUGGCGUGAGCUGCCGCCACCGCCCCUCUCGAUCUCGUCCCGGCCGGCCCCGGGCCACUGCUCUGCCGCGGAGGCAGCGGCGGCGGCUGCUCUCCUCUCCUUAGCCAGCGCUCCGUCUUUCUCUGAGCCGGUCGGUUAGGCUUUUCCGGAGACCUCGGUCCCCCUCCGCCUUCUCCCUCCCGUCACCCCUCCCCGACCCAACCCGAGCCCGGCUCCUCCGCUGCCCCCGGCCAUGGCGUGCGGAGCCACUUUGAAAAGGACUCUGGAUUUUGACCCGCUGUUGAGUCCGGCAUCCCCGAAGCGGAGGCGAUGUGCGCCAUUGUCGGCACCCACCUCGGCCGCCGCCUCCCCGUCGGCGGCGGCCGCGGCCACAGCCUCCUCCUUCUCGGCCGCCGCCGCCUCGCCGCAGAAGUAUCACCGAAUGGAGCCAUCCCCUUUCGGCGAUGUCUCCUCCCGCCUCACUACAGAACAAAUUCUGUACAAUAUAAAACAAGAAUAUAAACGCAUGCAGAAGAGAAGACAUUUAGAAACUAAUUUCCAACAGACAGAUCCAUGUUGUACUUCUGAUGUACAGCCACAUGCAUUUCUCCUCAGUGGACCAUCUUCACCAGGGACGUCAUCUGCAACAUCCUCACCAUUAAAAAAAGAACAGCCUUUAUUCACUCUACGGCAGGUUGGGAUGAUCUGUGAGCGUUUGUUGAAAGAACGUGAAGAGAAAGUUCGAGAAGAGUAUGAAGAAAUACUGAACACAAAACUUGCAGAACAAUAUGAUGCAUUUGUGAAGUUUACGCAUGAUCAAAUAAUGCGACGAUAUGGAGAACAGCCUGCUAGUUAUGUUUCAUGAAUCAAGUUUUCUGCAAUCGUGGGCUGCCUUGUUCCUUGUUGAGUUGUCCAAGAGGUCUCAAUUAUGACAUGCAGCAAUGCCAAUACCCCCUGUGAAUACAGGUUAUUUCGAGCUUUUCGUCAGUGGCAGCCACUCUUAGGCAGCAACUGGUUUUGGAAAUUUCCUUGAUGUCACUACCACCUGGAUGUGGACGUUUGCUACCUGUAUUAAUGCCAGUGGCCUCAUUUGCUGUAUCAUUACAAUUUGGCUUCUUAUAUUAAUGAUAUGUUUGAAAAGGAUUAAAGCUGGUAUUCUAGAACAUGCCUUUUACUGUGUGUAAAUAAAACUGUAGAAUGACACUUCAGACUGAAGUUAGUGUGAUUUUUUUUUUUUCCUCCCACUGCAACCAAGUUGUAACCAGUUAUUAAUAAUUUAGAAUGUAAUUCCAGGACAUUGUUAAGCAAAGAGCCUGUAAAAUGGGUGGAGGAGGAGGGUAUUCUAUAUUUUGGGACUUCUUAGGUUUAUGAAUGGGUUUAUAUGAUUUCUUUUGGUAGUUUUUAUUUAUUCUAUCAGUCUUCUUAACAAAUGUUGCUGCAUUCCCCUCCCCCCAGUGUAUCAUUAUUUUACUGCCCUUAUAGUACUGGAAUUCAGUUGAAAGAAUAAAGCAUUUCUUUUAAUCUGCUUGUUUUUUAAUGAACAGAUGGAUGCGUAGUAUGUGAAUAAAGUCAGUGCUUUAAA